AUGCAACUACGGGACCCUACUCAUUUAGUUAAUCGUGUGUUGCACUCAGAAGUCUUGCUGAACCAUGGACUUCAUGAGUGUUUUGAAGGAGCUAUUGAAAUCUAUUCAGUCCCAACAAAACUUUUUGCUGCUGACCAUCUGGCUUCUCUUCCUAAUUGCUUGAAGGAGGAAUUAACUUUUUGUCAGCCUCGUGUACACAAUGUGUGGCCUGUUCUGGUAAACAUUCUUUUACCUGAUAGAGUUUUGCAGGCUGAAGAUGCAAUGUCUGUUUCAAAUUCCUUAAAGAAGCAUAAAAAGAAUUGGAAGUCUAGCUUUUCUGUCGAAGAGAUUGCAAAGAACUUCCAGUGCUUCUGCGAGGUGAUUAUUGAGGGAUCCCUUCUCCCAUUGGCCUUUGAUGUUCUGCUUCUUCUCCUUCCUUGCCUGCCUGCAUCUUUUAUUCCGUUGAGUCUGUCUGCCAAACUUGUUCAGUGCUUGAUUGAUGUACUUUCUACGAAGGAUUCUUGGCUCUAUAAAGUGGUGCAACAUUUUCUUAAAAUUUAUCUGAUUGGGUUGGGAACAAUGAUGCGAGAAGGGUCUCUGUCAUUGUGGCUUUACAGAAGCACAGCAAUGAACUUGUUGAACAUGUUCGGGGAUGAAAGUCAUGCUUCUGAGGAACCUUCAGAUUAG